AUAACAUCGUUCCGAUACUAAAAUAUCAUUUUGUGUUGAAAUUUAAUUGUGAUUUGGUGUUCAAUAGUAAAUUAAAAUGCUCUUAUUGACCGUGCUGGCUGUUGUCGCGUCAGGAUUUACUAAUAGUGCGUCAAUUGACUAUUCCUCUUCAAGAGCCAAUUUAUAUCUUGGUUACAUCGCUGCUGGUGACCGUUUAUUAGCAAGAUCUACAGUCCAAAAGAGGGCGUUAGCAAACACGAUUCAAUCACAAGAUGUGGCAUAUUACGGGAAUGUAACUACCAGGAUAACAGCAAUCCAAGCGGUUGAGGUCGGCAUCUCCCAGCGCGCUAGACCACGACUAAUCUCAGGAGGUAUCGGCUGGAGAAACGCUACUGUCAGAUUAGAAACAAUCAGAGGAGGUGGUUUUAACUAUAGAGUCGAAUUCUGGGGACGUUAAACGAAUCGAUUGUUGACGGUUAGGACUCUGCUUUGUUUUGAAUUUUUAUAUCUGUAACAUAAAAUGAUGGAUGUUUUUAAGCUAAUAAAACGUUAUUACAGAA